GAAUGCUUCAGGGUUAUUUGGCUUAAUGGAAUUUGCUACACCGCGCAAGUUUUAGAAUGAGGUGACAUCCAGCGGGCACGUCGUCCAUUCAGGAAUUUUAUUGAAGAACAACAUUAAGACAUCAAUCAGGUGAUGGUUUUCUCCUCAGUUAACUUGGAUACAGUGAACACCCGCGCUGCUUGACGACCUUACGGAUAUGAUUUUACCUCUGAUGCGAUGUGGACUGUGAUUAGUAUGAGCGCUAUCCUUGCUUUACUUUUGCCGCUGGUGCUAUUCGGUGGAUUCGCUUUUCCAAAGAACAUUUAUGAGCGGUCUGUGAUGCCACGGGCUGCCACACGCUCCGUCGCCCGCAUGGACGGUGAUAUCAUCAUCGGUGCCCUGUUCUCUGUGCAUCACCAGCCCUCGGCCGAGAAGGUUGCGGAGAGGACGUGCGGAGAAAUCCGAGAACAGUACGGGAUCCAACGGGUGGAAGCUAUGUUCCACACGCUGGAUCGCAUCAACGCCGACCCCAACCUUCUCCCCAACAUCACUCUGGGCUGUGAGAUCAGAGAUUCCUGCUGGCACUCGUCCGUGGCUCUGGAGCAGAGUAUCGAGUUUAUCCGAGACUCCCUUAUCUCUAUCCGCGAUGACCAGGACGGCUCAAAGUACUGCAUCGACGGAACUCCCUCUAGCCAGCCCCCGGCUACCAAAAAGCCCAUCGCCGGAGUCAUUGGCCCGGGAUCAAGCUCUGUGGCUAUUCAGGUGCAAAACCUGUUACAACUUUUCAACAUCCCUCAGAUCGCUUAUUCAGCUACAAGCAUAGACUUGAGCGACAAAACUCUUUACCAAUAUUUUCUUAGAGUCGUGCCCUCUGACACCCUACAAGCUAGGGCUCUUUUGGACAUUGUGAAAAGAUACAACUGGACAUACGUGUCUGCGGUUCAUACAGAGGGGAACUAUGGUGAGAGUGGUAUGGAGGCCUUCAAGGAGCUGGCCGCUCAGGAGGGCCUGUGCAUUGCCCACUCUGAUAAGAUCUACAGCAACGCUGGGGAGCGGCACUUUGACCGUCUGCUGAGGAAGCUGCGUGAGCGACUCCCCAAGGCCAGGGUGGUGGUGUGCUUCUGCGAGGGCAUGACCGUGCGCGGCCUGCUCAUGGCCAUGAGACGCCUGGGGGUUGCCGGAGAGUUCCUGCUCAUCGGGAGUGAUGGCUGGGCGGACCGAGACGAGGUGGUCGAGGGUUACGAGCAGGAGGCGGUGGGUGGCAUCACCAUGAAGCUUCAGACGGAGGAAGUGACCUCGUUCAACGAGUACUUCUUGAAGCUGAGGCUCAACACCAACACGCGGAAUCCAUGGUUCGCUGAGUUCUGGCAACACCGGUUCCAGUGUCGCAUCCCAGGACACCCACAGGAGAACACAAACUACUACAAAAACUGCUCAGGUGAUCUAGAGCUCCAAGAUGGUUACGAGAGCCUGGAAGACAACUAUGUGCAGGACAGUAAAAUGGGGUUUGUCAUCAAUGCCAUCUAUGCCAUGGCUCAUGGCCUCCACGACAUGCACCAGCACCUGUGCGAUGGUGAGGGUGGACUGUGUGAGGCCAUGGACCCCAUCGACGGCAGCAAACUCCUCGACUUCCUGCUUCAGACGACCUUCUCGGGCAUUUCCGGGGAAGACGUGCGGUUCGAUCAGAAUGGUGACUCACCUGGCAGGUAUGACAUCAUGAACCUGCAAUAUGCGGAUGGAGGUGUUUUUGACUACAUCAACGUGGGCUAUUGGCACGAGGGCAUCCUGAGCAUCGACGACACCAUGAUCCAGAUGAACCGCAGCGAGAUGGUCCGCUCCGUCUGCAGCGAGCCCUGCUCCAAGGGCGAGAUCAAGGUGAUAAGGAAAGGGGAGGUGAGCUGCUGUUGGAUCUGCACUGCCUGCAAGGAUAAUGAGUACGUCCAGGAUGAGUUCACCUGCAAGGCCUGCGACCUGGGCUGGUGGCCAGACGAGGAGCUCCAAGUCUGUGAGCCCAUCACCCUGCGGUACCUGGAGUGGAGCAAUCCUGAGUCCAUCGUGGCCGUGGUGUUCUCCUGCCUCGGCAUCUUGGUCACCAGCUUCGUCACCUUCAUCUUCAUCCUCUACAAGGACACUCCGGUGGUCAAGUCGUCGAGCCGCGAGCUGUGCUACAUCAUCCUGGCCGGCAUCUUCCUGGGCUACAUCUGCCCCUUCACGCUGAUCGCCCGGCCGACUGUGGCCUCCUGCUACCUGCAGCGCCUCCUAGUGGGCCUCUCCUCGUCCAUGUGCUACUCGGCACUGGUCACCAAGACCAAUCGCAUCGCCCGCAUCCUGGCCGGCAGCAAGAAGAAGAUCUGCACGCGCAAGCCGCGCUUCAUGAGCGCCUGGGCGCAGGUGGUCAUCGCCUCCGUCCUCAUCAGCAUCCAGCUCACACUGGAGGUCACGCUCAUCAUCCUGGAGCCACCGUCACCGGUCAAGUUCUACCCCAACAUCCGCGAGGUCUUCCUCAUCUGCAACACGUCCAACGUGGGCAUGGUGGCGCCACUGGGCUACAACGGCCUCCUCAUCCUCAGCUGCACCUACUACGCCUUCAAGACGCGCAACGUGCCGGCCAACUUCAACGAGGCCAAGUACAUCGCCUUCACCAUGUACACCACCUGCAUCAUCUGGCUGGCCUUCGUGCCCAUCUACUUUGGCUCCAACUACAAGAUAAUUACCACCUCCUUCUCCGUCAGCUUGAGCGUCACCGUGGCGCUGAGCUGCAUGUUCACACCCAAGAUGUACAUCAUCCUCGCCAAGCCCGAGCGCAAUGUCCGCAGCGCUUUUACCACCUCGGAUGUGGUGCGCAUGCACGUGGGCGAUGGCAAGAUCGCCUGCCGCAGCAACAGUCUCAUCAACAUGUUCAAAAGGAAGAAGGAUGGCUCUGGUACCAAUUCUAAUGGAAAGUCUGUGUCAUGGUCUGAACCAGGUUCAAGACAUCCUCCGAAAGGAGAGCACAUGUGGCACAGACUAUCAGUUCAUGUGCGGAAGCCCGAGACCAGCUCCAAUCAGACAGCAGUCAUCAAACCCUUAACUAAUACCUGCCAAGGCUCUGGCCUGGACUACUCAGACCUCAGCACCAAGACUCUGUACAACGUGGCUGAGGAGGAAGAGGGCGAGCCACUCCGAUACAACCCCCCUCCGCCUAGCCCCCCCAUGACGGCCCUCGUCCAGCCGUCGCCACGGCCGCCACCCCACGCGCAGCAGGCGGGCGGAGGAGGGGGGGCAGACCUGGAUCCGUUCUUCGCCCCCGAGCUGCCUCCGAGCAGCCCCCUCCCUCCCCCCCUGCACCUCAGCGCCCACUCCCCGCACGAGAGCGUGUCCCUCUUCUGCCCUAGCCCCAUCCCCAGCCCCAACCCCCACCGGAGCGACAUGAUCAGUCUGCCCGGCAACGGCGGCCGGCCGGUCUAUCACCAAUCCCCGCACCUCAUCCAGUCCCAGCCGCUGCACCUGGGCGAGUACAGCGAGCCCACCUCCCCGCUGGAGGACGAGGAGGUGGAGGGCGAGGGGGAGCGCUUCGGCCUCCUCCACGGCUACAUGUACGACAACGCCCAGAUCCACGACGAGGAGGAGCUGGUCAACAUCAAGAUGGCGAUGGAGGAUUCGCUGGCGCUGAUGCCGCCCUCCCCUUUCCGAGAUUCGGCGGGCUCCGGGAGCCCCAUGCCCAGCUCGCCCGUCUCGGAGUCGGUGUUGUGCACUCCUCCGAGUAUGACCUACGCGUCGGUCAUCUUGAGAGACUAUAAACAGAGCUCCUCUACGCUGUGAACUGGGCAAGAUCUCCAUGUGUUCAGUGCAACGCACCAUUUCAUUUACCCUCUGUUAGAAAGUUCGGAAAGGAUACUACAAUCAUGAUCAGAACAAUAUAGUGUUUACAGAAACCAGCUGAACUUUUACUCACAAGAUCAGACUUUCAGCCCCAAUGAACAGUUGUCACUGCGCCUCUCUUUUGUUUCUACUCCUUCUUUCCCCUUAUCAAUUUACACCUUGUCAGAAGUUUUAAGCUAGAAUGAUGCAUAGCACUUAUUUCUUAUGGAAACAUGCACAGACAUAGUCAUACACCAUCAUUUCCUCAUAAUAAGACACAAAUACACUCAUAUGCAUACUCACAUAGGCAUGAAUAUACACGUGCACAGAGGGGCAUUCACACAUACACACACACACAGACAGACACACUCACAGUCACAGUCAUUCACAGACAUUUGCAAUUCAUAAGUACAUACACUGCACACACAUAUUUCAGUGUGACAGUUCAGAUUAGGGCUCAGUUGUGACCGUAUUUCUAGUAGUUGAGAAUGAGACUAAUCCAAAGGUCAUGAAGCCUUUUCAGGACACAGUAUUAGUAGCAGUUGCAAUGUGUUCAUGUGAAAAAUGAUUGGGUUGGGCCGUGUCUGUUCCAGGUUGUGCUAUGUAUGAAUGUUCACUGUCAUUUAUAUUAAAGGACGGAACCUUUCAGAACCAAACGUGUGAGUUAGAUUAGGAGUAAGAUAAAGAUCGACAGAUAGGGAUUAUAUUAGUUGCACAUAUUCAGACACAGCCAUUUUUACUUUUUAUGAUCGUAAAAUACAAAUGAUUUCUUAGACAUGCUAUCCUCUUUUUGAAAAACAUGAUGGCUUUUUUUACGAAAGGGACAGUUAAUUCCUGUGAAAAUAUUUCAUAUGAGAAUGCAAAGAUGCGCUGUAUAAAGAAUUUUAAUCUGUUUUGGAAAGUGAUUAUUACAUUCGGUGCAAUAACAUGAUUCAUUUUCAACAAAGUGAAGGAAGUAAACAGUAUAUAUUUUAUGUAAACAGCUUAUAAAAUGAAUACUAAAACUGAAACACCAGUCUGUAUUGAAAAUAUAGCAUCACAUUCUUUUGAAAUAAUGCCAACUGUACAUGUGGUAGCAAAUUGGGGUAUACAGUUUAUAGAAUAUAGUAUACAUGCCAUUUAGAUAAACAUUACAGACAUGGCAAACUAGAGAUAUUGUUUAAGUGCCAACCUACCUACUGUCAAUGUCAUUGUUACAUUAAUUUAUCUAAUUUAUUUUCUAACAUUUGUAAUAUUAUGAUACACAUGAGAUUAUGGUUUCUUCCUAAUUGUAUGUUUUUAAUGAGAUUUCUGAAUAUUUUAAGAUGAUAAUAAUAAUAAUAUGAAUAUUAAUACUGACUUGUCAUAAAAUAUUGAAUGUAUAGGCUUGUGUUGGGGUAACUUUUAGGGUAUACAUUAAGUAGUGUUAGUCUGAGUCAGUAUCUUAGUUGUGAAGAUGAUAUAUUAAAACUUAAUCAAUGCUAUGAUGAUUUUGUAAAAUAAAUUGAUGUGUAGCCUAUCAAAUCUAGACUCAGUAAUAACGCCAUGUGUUAUUGAAAACAUGGGUAUUUGUAUCAUUUCAAGAGCAUCACCACCUUGUCAUAGCUACGAUUAAAAAUUAAAGUGUUUUGUCAAAGUAAAUGAUAUUAAAUAUUUUUUGUAAAA